GGAGACAGUACCCACUAGCACCUAGUUUAUAUCAAGACAGAGAGUGUUUACUUCCUAAACACCAAGGACAGAGGAGUUGGAAGCAAGUGAAAAAGAAUGGUUUGAUCCCUAACAACGAUGACCUCCAGCAUUCUUGUGGCUACUAAUUCCUUGCAGUACAUUUCUGGCAUGCCUCAUGGUAAGAAGUCCAGUUGAGCCAGGGGAGUCUCAUUAAUACCUCCACUGUAAAGGGCCUUUAUUGUGGGCUGAAACUCGAGAGCUGUGAGUGGUUACCUGAGCUCCAGAGGGAUGACUCUCCGCAGGCCAGCUGCCCACCUACGAAGAGCUCCGAGCUGGAGGAGAUCAGGAGAUGAGUCCCACUGGGAGAGCUUGAUACCAGAAGGGGAAGUUCUGACCCGUGUUUCUCGCCCCCCACGAGCACCUCGGCCCCAGAGUGCCAUUGAAGGGCGCCAGCUGGACGGCUGGCUGGAGCACCUGCAGAGGAUAGAGAGCGAACUUCUCAGAGCCCCAGUACAUAAUCAGGUUCCAGCUUUCAGUGAUCGGACAACGUCCAUGCCUGCUCUCCACAAAGAGCCAACUGGACGUGCCUGGAGACAGCCAGGGACUCCCUUCUUCAGCAGAGGUUCAUCUUCAUGUGGGAGUCCCAGCCUGUGUGAGAGUUCGCCAGGCAGCCAGGAGUCCCUCCAUACUGGGUUUCUGUCUCCCCCAGAACGCAGGGGAAGCUGGGAGAGAGCUCACAUGAUGCAGGUCCCAAGGAAGGAGCAGGCUCAACUCAGUAAUAUUGCUCCAGUCAAAAUUGGGUGGCUGCCGAUCCAAAGGAGAGUGAUGAUAGUAGAUGACCACUCUGCUAGUCAGGUGAAACUGAAACAAGCCAUCACUCCAACAUUUCAGAAGAAUCGAGCAACAGCCAACAGGCACCAGGAUGGAGAGGUGGAGAGAAGCCACACCAGUCCAAGUGCUUUGGGUGUUAAGACAUGGCAGAUACCCGAUCAAGGCUCUCCCAGUGUUAAACAGGUGCCAGAAAAACGAAGCUUUCCUGCUAACGAAGGGGACAGACCUGUGGGCUGGCAAGCUCUGAGGCGAGUCUGGAAUACCAACAGGGUGUCGGCUUUCCCUGGAGGCAGUCAGUCCAAUGAGCUCCCCACAGGGACCAGCUUAGACCCCAACAGGAAGUCUUCUCCAAUGAAAACAACCAACACGGACCCCCUCGAGCAUACUCCUCUGCAUCGAACAACUUUCGCUGAACCCUGCAAACCAAGCACUCUGCUUCAAGGGACAAACAGCACAGAUACGUACAAGUCACAUACGCCUCUGCGUAGGACAGGCAGUGUUCAGCCCUUGAGGGCAACAGCCCCGCUGUGUACAACAAACAGUAGUUCUCAGCCUUCGCACAUACAGACAAACUCUGCUGUAACUACACUCAUCCCUCAGAACAAAACCGGCUUCUCAUCCAUCACCAUCUCCUCCAGGAAAGUGAGCAGAUCGGCCAGUUUGCCCGGCUAUGACACCUGCAACCCCUCCUCCCGCUCCAGUGAAUCCCCUUCUCCGCCACUAGCCCAUCAGUCCAUGGACCCAAACUCCAGGCAGGUCACAGUGCAGAGGAAGGCCACUAUAGUCAAAGUGACAGAGCAAAGGAUGAUGUCCAGCCCUGUUCCAAGCACAAAAACAAAGGGGACCCCACCAACUAGCCAUGGUUUGGACACAGUGGUCCACAGAAGAAAGGCUACCAUCAUCAAAGUAACAGAGCAUAGAGAGAGCUACAGUCCAGCAAAGGCUGGAUCUGGGACGAGGCACCCAGAGUACAGACACAGCUACACAGAGGGACUGUACAAGGAAAACAGCAUGUGGAGUCAGGGAAACCAUUUGCAACACAAGGCAGCACCUUCAUAUCACCAUCUGGAUUCCUCAAACUCUGCUGUAACACCAAACAAAUCCACCUCAGACCCAGAGAAAAACAGUGGAACACUACACAGAUCCACACUGAGUCUUUUUGUGAGCAACCCCCCUGCCAUAGCAGCACCAGUUCCCUCAGGGGUUUCACCAAAGGCUGUUGGACAGAGAUCGGACAGGCCGCACAGACCGCUGAGCUGCUAUGGCAAUAUGUUUGGACACACUGAGCCGAGCAAAGAGAAUGUGACACAACCGGCUGCCAGGAAAUGGAGCUUUGGGCUUCCACAAGAGACCAAUAUCAACCCUGUGAACUUCGACAGUAGUUUCAUCAGCAGUCAAACAGCAGUGAAAGAAGCAGGUCAGCGAGCGGCAGACACCCUUAAGCCAAACGGAGGCCAGAAAGAGAGACUGCCACCAGAGAUUGCGGUGAGGAGAGCGCCCCCCUGUCUAACUCUCAUCAAGGCCCCGGAUCCCCACUCACAUCAGUCUCAAGAGGAAGUGCUUGCUCUCAAUGCAGCUGCCAUCAUAGCAAAUAUCAAACUCCAAAGACAACUCAGUAAGAAGAAAACACCAAAUGGCAAUUCUGAGGAGGACUCUGCUGCAUCACCCCAGGGAAAUACUGUGACAGAUGGGGGGAAAUGUGUGAAGCCACAUCCUGAUCAAAGAACAAUCCAGCGUCACAACCAGUCUCAUGCAGCAUUUGUUCCUCUGAGCCUCGACCCUGAAAGGUCAUCUCAAAGUAUUUCUCUACAGGACGCACUGCAGAGGUCCAGACCUGACUUCAUCAGUCGUUCCCAGGGCAGACUGCGAGAGCUGGAGCGACGGGCGCAGGAGAGGAGGGAGCUGGCGGAUUUGGUAGACCCACGGUCGGAUGCUGCUCUCAGGCAGAGGAGAGCCCAAAGUGCCCGGUGUGCCUCUCUGAAUGAUAACCUUUUCAAACCCAGAGAUAGAGCCAUUACUGGGAAAGAGAUGCAGCUGAGAUCUAAGCGUACGCUUGCAGAGGUGAAGAAGAAUAAAGAGGAAGAGAAGAAGAGGGAGACGUGUUUGAGCAACAGGCAGCGAGUUGAACUUUUCAAAAAGAAACUGUUGGAUCAGCUUCUUCAAAGGAACAACAGUUGAAUGACAGAUGAAGACGAUGACAUGUCAAAGCCUGUAGCAUUACCUAACAGACUGAUGGUGUGAACUUUGCCCUUUGACAGUGCUGAAUAUUAGCGUAGGUCAUGAUAGAAGUGCAGCUGUCCUUUCGCCCCCAUUUGUCUCUCUCAUUUAUCACAACCAUUACUUAUUGUUCGAGUUACAGAGGUUAACAUCUGUUUUUUUCUCAAAGGCAAAUUCAUGGCAACCUUUCGAAAACCAAGACAGUCAUUUAACAUUACUUACUGUACCGCUGUUUUGAAGGUUUUUCCAGAACCUUCAAAGACUCUUCUGCCCAUCUGGAUAAAAAAUAUAUACUGUAUAUUCUGAUGCACAAUAAAAACGAGAUCAUCUUGCAAUGGGAUCACUCCAGCUGCAACACAGCAGUCUGCUACUUAAAAUAAAUGUGGCCCAGGGGCGUAAAGUAGGGGGUAAUGGCCCCUUCUCUACUUCUUACCUCCCUACUUCCGGCGCCCUUGCUAGCGUAACAGUACAAUGUAAUUCCACUCGCCAUAGUUGCCAUAAGUUGAUGUCUGUGUGUAGAUUUGUUGGCUCAAGGGCAUCCUCUCUUAGAUGUAGUAGAUAAAUGCCACUGGCAGUUUUGAAAUGUUGCCAGUAAAUGAGAGACAAGUACUGCACCACAAAACAGGAGGUUAUUUUAGCACAGAGGCUAACUAGCUAGCUUAGAGAGUGCAGUUAUUUGAACGUUUUAGCACUUUAAAAAGCACAGCAACCCACUCAUAACUCUUCCUAAUGACAUUUCCAUUAAUCAAAGUGUACAUAAUUUUGAUACAGUGGACCUGCCAAUGGCAUUUAAAAUUGACACAGAAACAUAGAAUUAUGGCAAGUACAGCAAGGAUAGAGGUCCACCUUUGUUUGGAUAAAUGCACAGAUUUUCAGUUUAGGACAGGUUAAAUGUGCUAACAGUAGUGUGUCUUGUGCUGACUACAGAAUUUAUUUAAUGCACUUGAGCAGAGGAGUCUUUAAGGAUUCUGGAAAUAUCUUCAAGAUGGCGUUAAGUGUUGUUAAAUGACCUUCUGGGUUUUCUGAAAGACUGCCAUAGAUUUGUCUUUUGAGGGAAAAAACAGAUGCUUAUCUGUGUGAUUCAGCUGUCCUCACUGCCCUUGCCGUGCGCAAUUACAAAUGAAGAUGGCCAAAAUGAAUGUAUGAAAUCACGUCUCAACAUUCUGUAACCGAAUAUGACAUUGGGCCUUUUAAACACGCUGGCUUUUGAUGUAAGAUACAAACCAGUAAUGUAUGCUGUUUAUCAGCGUUAUCUUGUUUUCACUUGAUUGCAAAUUGCCUUUCUUUUCCAGAAUACUUCAUGUAAUGGGAUGCAGAGUGAGCUCUCAAAGCACUGAUGUCCUCACACAGCCACUUUCACAUGAUCUCAUGUGAUGUGAAGCAGUGAUAUAAGACAGAAUCAUUCAUUAUGCUUCGCAGUCCCUUCCAGGACGGUCUUCAACCGUCAUCCUCAUUAUACAACCAAUAAGCAGAACGAAGCCUGAAGUGGGCUCUGCCAUCGCUCAGUGCCAGCUAUUAGCUGUAAGAUGGAGGAAUGUGACCUCUUCUCACUGGAAAUGCCCUGUUAAUGGACAGUGCCGAUUUGAAUGGAGCUUUUGUCCCCGUCUUUGUCUCAUGAUAGACUGGGGCCUGCAGUUGCAGAUUUAGAUUUGCGAGAUCCAAAGUGAGUGUGCUCGCAGUGCUGGGCAUAAAUCAAAAGUGAGAUGUGGUGAAUGUUUAUUUUUUGAAAUAACAGGCAACAGAGCAGACGCUCUUCAUUAUUCUUAAUUGUUGUUUUAAUCAUUAGCCUUUAAGUCGCAGUUCUUUCACAGUCCAGCUGUUUCAUCCAUCUAAAUUUGCGCUGAUGUCUGGGAGAUGACAGAUGAUUGCUACUGACUGCUUUUGUAAACCUUAUUUCAUGUCAGUGCACAUGCAUGUGUGGGUGUAUUUGGACGAUAAGAGAUCAUUAAUUAAUAACAUGGUUCAUAAUUGUUUCUGUCUUUCUAAAUGAGAAGAUAGACAACAAGAUUGCUACUUGAAGAAGGUUAUUUACUGCAUUUGUUGUUUUCUCUGUUCAGCUUUACAAAGAAGGUUUCAUUAUGCAAU